AUGUAUUGGGUAUAUGCUCUUCUUUUCUUUGGCAGAUGGACUUCAAUUCUUGUCCAUGCUCGCAAUUGUCGUCAAAUUCUCUUGGUGGCCUAUCAGCGACGGAGCCUUACUGGGCCUAGUGCAACCACUGAGUCAAACCUCAACAACUGUAUAAUCGACCCUUUGUAUACCUCAAACGCGACCCGUCAGAACGAAGUAGCCAAAGAGAUCAUAUCCGCAUUGCAAGGCAUGCAGCAAGAUAAACUCUAUUGCCUCAAUAUCAAAGCUGAGUUUGAUCCACCCAAGCCUUGGUAUGACAAUAUCGACCAGAACUCUUUCCAAGACUACCACUUUCGGAACUUCCAGUACGAUUACCCUGGAGAAAAUCCUCAGUGCUUCGAGCUGAUCUCUGUUGUGAGUUUGGAACGAGUGCACAAAAACCGAAUUGGCGGGGAGAAUGGUGGCCCUGUGAUUGACUGCGACUGGUCAGACAUCAACAACAGAAUCAAGCAGGCCAUUGAAGGAGACCAGAAGCUCGGACCACAAAAAUCGGAAGUCACCGAGGAUGCUACAAUUUUCGAAGAUCGUGAGGGCUGGCGAAAGAUUAAAGGGACGACCAAUUUCUUGGUGUUCAGAUUGAGCAAACCAUCAAAGCACGGGUUUCUCGAUAACGAUGUCGAUUGUGUCCCUCUACCUUGA